AAUUUUUUUUUCGGAGCCUGAAACAACUUUCAUAUUCGCCCCCUAACGUAUCACUACCUAUAUAAAUGAAAGGAAUUUUUUUAAGGAAUCACACUUGAAAACUAUUCAAAAUCAGGAGAACAACUCAAUCGAAUUAAAAUGAUUUCAAAGAUUUGCAUCGUAGCUAGUAUCUUAGCAAUUUCUUCUUCAGCCCCAGUUGAUCAUCAUGAUGGUGCUACAUCUUACGUCUCAUUAAGUUUGGGGGGACAUUCUCAAGGAAAUCAUCAACAAUAUAUUCCUCAACCACAAUACCAACCAUCAUCAGUUUACGUUCAAAAAGAAACUCCAACUUUAAUUAAAUAUCCAACUUAUUCUUCUUUAUCAGCUUAUUCUUCGUUACCAGCAUAUAACCAACAUGAAGAAAAAGAAUAUGGUCCCGCUCAAUAUGAAUUUAAAUAUUCAGUUGAAGAUAAACACACUGGUGACAUUAAAUCUCAACAUGAAGUAAGAAACGGAGACUCAGUUCAAGGGGAAUAUUCUCUUCACGAAGCUGACGGUACCAUUAGAACUGUUAAAUAUACAGCUGAUAAGCACAGCGGGUUUAAUGCAGUUGUUGAAAGAAGUGGACAUGCCACUCAUCCAGAAGCUCCUGUUAAAACUGGUGUUCGUUCAGUUCCGUUAGCUUAUGAUUAUUAUAAGAAUUAAAAUUAAGAAUUUUAAUUACUUUAAGCAAUUAUUUUUUGUUAGAUGAAUUUUAUAAAAUAAUUUUUAUAGAUUAAUGAGUGUUAUUGAAGGUUUAAAUAAAGCUUUUAAAUGAU